AUGUCUUUCUCUCUGGUUGCACGUAGAGCAGCUCCCCGCUUCAUCACCUCGUCUCUCCAGACAGCUCCUCGUCAGCAAGCCAUCGUCACAGCAGCAGCAAAGUUCACACGUUCAAGCAGACAACAAUCCACAAUGUCUUCCGACCAGCAGAUCGUCUUCACCAAGAACGCCCCUGCGGCCCUUGGUCCCUACUCCCAAGCUAUCAAGACCCCCAACAUGAUCUACUGCUCUGGUCAGAUCCCCCUCACCCCUGAGGGCGAGCUUGUUGAGGGCAUCACUGGGCAGACCCGCCAGGCUUGCAAGAAUGUCCAAGCUGUUGUUGAGGAGGCCGGUUCAUCCCUUUCCAAGGUUGUCAAGACCACAGUCUUCAUCUCCGACAUGUCCUACUUUGCUGUUAGUUUUGCCAGAAUCGCUAGUCUUCAUCCUACUUACUAUUCACAGGAGAUCAACACCGAGUACGAGAAGUGGUUCUCUCACAAGCCAGCCCGUAGCUGCGUCGCUGUCAAGACUCUUCCCAAGAACGUCGAUGUCGAAAUUGAGGUCAUCGCUCUUCCUUAA